AUGAGUCAGGACGACAUUAAGCGAUGUCGUGCCAGUACGGACGACUUCGAAAGGGUCUUGCAAAAGAUCAAGAGACCGGCGAUUGACGAUGAACGUAGGGGAGGCGCAUACCUGUCGUCGGACAAAAGCCGCAACGGGAUUUCCGCUCCUCAUCCGCAAAAGGUUCGGAGACAGAGCUUCCUGUCAACCAGCUAA